AUGCUUGGCUCUACGGUCUUACUCCUGGCUGCAUCAUUGGCUCUGCCAAUUGAUGCCCGACGGGUAUCACGACUAACAGUGGACUCUACUCCCACGCUAACCCUUCCAUGGGGAACAUGGGAAGGACAGCCGUACGGCGUAUAUGAAGAGAACGUCCGUUUCGGUCAAGCUCCUGUCGGUGACUUGCGCUUCGCAGCACCAAAGUACCCUGAAGCAAUCGAAGACCCCAAACAAGUUCAAGACAACACCUAUGGGCCGAGCUGUAUUCAAGCCAAAAUACCCAAGGAGAACGUGACUGUAGAACCUACAGACGAUAGUAGCACCCAAGCAGAGGACUGCCUGUUCCUCGAUGUGUAUGUUCCCUCGUGGGCUCUGGAGCCAGAUUCAGGCGUAGACAAGGAUCCGCUUCCCGUUAUCGUAUGGAUCUAUGGAGGGGCAUACAUUUUCGGCUCGAAGGAUCUCGCUUUUAAUACAACAGGUGGUCUUUUCCAAGCUUACGACGGUCAAGGCAUCAGUGACGUGGCUGACCAGGGCGUCAUCUGGGUGACCGGGAACUACAGGAUGGGAGCGUUUGGCUUCUUGGCUGGCUCCACUAUGGAAGAAGAAGCACAACCCAAUGCUGGACUGCACGACCAGCGCCUUCUCUUAGAUUGGGUUCAACGAUACAUUGGUCAGGUGGGUGGAAAUAAGAACGCCGUGAGCGCAUGGGGCUUGUCUGCUGGCGCAGGAUCCAUCCUCCACCACCUGACCGCGUAUGGCGGGAGUGGGAAAGGGAAAACACCGCUGUUUCAUCGGGCUGUUAUGUGGAGCCCUGCAUUCCAGUGGGGUUAUGAUCGUGCUGGAGCCUUGGAAGAUACCUUUCACAAGUUCGCGGACCAGGUCGAGUGUUCUUCAAAGGCGCUUGACUGUCUCCGGAAGGCCAGCACGGACGACUUGACUAAAGCCAACCAAAACAUCACUAGCGAGGCUUUGAAACUAGGCAUGUUUCCAUUUGGUCCGGCCGUGGAUGGAGAUCUUGUGCCAGAGCUCCCAGCUGCUCUGUUGAGCAAAGGAAAACACACCAGCUGCAGUUCGAUCAUUGUGUCUCACGACCACGACGAAGUCAGCCUAUUCCUUGCGAAAUGGGUUGAUACAGAAGACGAGUUCAGCGAGUUUCUAACUUAUGCCUUUCCCGGUGCCGCGCUUGCCAAUAUUCGGGAUCGAAUCGAGAAGCAAUAUCCAGCCAAAUUUUUCGACUCCCAGCAGAAGAUGCGCAUGAGAAAAGUGUUGCGCGACUCGACCUUUGUCUGCAACACGCGUCAGAUCUACAACGCUUUCCACAACGACUCUACUGUCUACACCGCGAGGUUCGAUAUGCCUCCUGCACAGCACGGCUUCGAUAUGUUCGCCCUGAUUUGGCACCGCGGAGUCGACGUAAGCGAGUUGCUCAAGAACGCAUCGGACAAGAUUCCCGACCUCUUGUUCGUCUUGUUUGAUCAAUUCUGGCCACAUUUUGCCCCAAGAUUCCAAGCUUACUUCGCAGGACACGCCAUUGCUGGCGAUCCCAACUGGCUAGGUCGGCGCGGAUUGAAUUGGGAGCCUACAGUUGAUGACGGCAACGAGCUAACAAAUUCAUUGAAAAUGGGGUUAUAUACGAGUCAUGAUCAUCCUCUCUUCAAUUCGGGCAGGGAUGCGCAGAACUCAAUGGAGAAUUGUGCUUUCUGGGAUGAGAUUGCCAAGGAUAUCUCAGCACUCGAGAAGAAGUCUGCACCGCUGGUCAGCUUCAGAGAACAGCUUGAGCUACGUUGA